AUGACCGUUACUCGGGAUAAAUAUGUUUUUGGCAGAGAUAAAAAAGAAUCAGAGCGACUCGACGCACAGCACAGCCUGUUAUCCAAAGUGACCGGAAACAUCCUCAUCCACCCCUCAAUUCCCAAAGACGGUAUAUUUUCUGUUGCAGACGUGGGUACUGGAACCGGUAUCUGGCUGAAGGAUGUUUCGAAAGGAUUGAACAAGACAAACACCAACUGUUACUACCACGGUUUUGACAUCUCCGCGGAUCAAUUCCCUGAUGAUACGGGAAAUCUCAAAUUUUCUGCCCAGGACAUAACAUUGCCAUUUCCCGAAGAACACUGGAAUCGGUAUGAUCUGGUCCACGUCCGUCUGCUUGUAGCUGCAAUUGAUGAAGCCGACUACAAAGCCGCAAUAUCAAACCUAUCUGCCAUCCUAAAGCCCGGUGGUUUUCUUCAAUGGGAGGAAAUUGACGAAGAAACAUACCUAUCACCAGACAACGCUGUCAUUCGGGAGAUACGCCGGUGCUUCGACUUUUCAUUGAAAGCCGAGGGUAAAUGCUUUGCGGCAUCAGCCAAAGUUUUUGAAGAAUGCACCGCGGCUGGGUUCUGGAAUGUCGUGAGACUACAUUAUCGCUCAGACUCAAAUAGUGAUCUCCGCCUUGAGACAGAGAGCAGGCUAGCCGCAAUAAUUGCAACGUUGUAUGCGAAUCUUUUGUGGCGAUCUAAGCAGGUCGCCGACGAGGCAGCGGCAUCGAAACAAGCUCAGACGUUGAUCGAGCAGCAUCGGCGUCUUUGUGCAGAGGGAAAAUCUCCACCGUUGACAUUGAUGAGGGUUGUUGCCCAGAAACCAUACCGACCACGCCUAUGA